GCUUUUUCUACUAAUACCACUACAACAACUGCGCGCGUUUCAUCCGGAAGUGGACUACGCAUGGACCCGUUGAUGACCUCGACGGCGUCGAGCAGAAGCGAACAAAUGAUUCCAUCGAGACGCGCUUCUCCAAUCGAAGAGGACCUCAAUAACAGCAUCAACGGACUACUGCUGCAACAGAGUCUUCAACCACGACCUGCUCCACUUCAAGGGAUAGGAAUGACACACUUUUACGCGCCUCCAGCGCGUGUUGUGAAUUAUCCUCAGCAUUAUGGUGCCGUGCAACCACACCUACAAUCACACCUUCUAGUUGCUGGCCAAGAUCAAAAAACUAGUAACUCGAAAUCCUCAACAACUAGUGGUCAACAUUCAAACAACGCGAUGACUGCUGCCACCGCGAUUCGCCCAAACAACGCUGGUGGAUCGCUGAUAGCUCGUUCAGCCUUCCAAGCAGACCACAGUCGACAUUCUCCUACUUUAGUUUCGGCGACUGCAAGGAAAUUGCAACGAAACAAUACGCGAAAAACAACGAGCAACAGUGUUGCAAGCAGUCCUGGGACAACUUCACAUAAUCAGGCUGAGAGUCGGUAUCUUGCAACACCAGGAAGCGAUAGGGAUACAUUGAUACAGACUGUUGUAGGUGGUGCCGGACCCUCAGAAAGUCCUUGUGGUGUUGGUGGUGGUGGCGAUCCAACUGGAGCUGGUGCCAAUCCAAAUACACUGACGAGUAGCGGCUCUAUGACAUCAAUACUCAAUACUCAAUUUGGAGGUGCUGGAUCAAUACCCAGCAUACCCUUUGGAGGACCAUCGCAUCUACUUCAGACAGGUGGUCCUUCGCCACAACACUAUUUUCAACAACCGCACCAGAUGUGCUUUUUGCCGAUACAGAUGAAUUUUCAAGCAGGUGGAGGCUCUUUGUCUCCAUCUGCUACACCAGGAGUACCUGUCGAUGCGCCAAGCUCCUCCAGUGCGACGAAGACUUCUAUUAAGGCUCCGCUUUCAAUGGUCAUUGGGGUUGGUCACUGAGAUCGAAGAAGCGACCCCUUUAGAGAACAGGGGAAAAGGAAGGGAAAGGGGAGAGCUUUGAAGGGGGUCUCUUCCGUUCAGCAUCAGUGACCAUUGAGUGCUGCGCUUUAAUUCUACAUCUGGAGCCUUCGAAGCACCUCCCUCGUCGUCUUCCUCAGACAAUUAUGUUGGAUUCCGACCUCGUGUUUUGAGUUCCGGUUUUCCGGUUUUGUCGUCCUUCUCUUACAGCCGUAUCUACGAGCAAACACGUCAGCAAGGUGAAGCCCAAGCUGCACAAGCUCACCUAACAAGUCCCUUAUCAAGGCAUUUUACACCUGUCGGAAGUAGUUCAUCUAAAGAAGUUCAAGUUCAUUCAACUACGUCUUUGGCAUCCUCUAGCGCUGCUCCAAGCUCCGGAGACCUCGCAUCGGAAGCUAUCAAAGCCUUUGGGCAAGUUUCCGAAGAACUUCGGGAUAUUAUAGUGCGAGUCAAAUCAAAAGAUGCUGAGCCUUUGGCUUUUGACGAGAAAUAUAGUACUAGUACGUUUGACAAGAUGUUGCUGUUGGGAAGUAAUGUUAAGGGUAGGCUACAGGUGUUCCUGUUACCGUUCGUUUUGCCUUCCUGAAGGGGGAAAGGCGUACCGAACGGGGUAAAUGAACACCAAAAGCCUACCUCCAAUAGUGGCGGUGGGGCUGCGGAGAACGAGACGAACGAACACAAUACUUCUGUGAGUAAAAGAACUAUUAAUACAACAAAAUCGAAAUCUUCUUGUGGUGCAGAAGAUUCGAUGGAGGAGGGUGACGUCCCUGCAGCCAGACGACGGCGUGGCGCUUCGCGACAAGACGACUCAUUUUCAGAGAAACAGGGUGGAGAAGUAGCUCCUGAGGCAGCUUUGUCGAAAGUCACGACUAUCAUUUACGGCUCCGAUUAUUCCUCUCAGUGAAGAUCUGUUAUUCUGAUCAAGUAGAGAUCUUCCUAGAGAAGUUCAUCUUCUUAUUUUGCUCAAGCUCUACGAAUUCUAAAUUUUCGACCAGGAGCAAAAAGCGCCUGCCACAGACGUUGAUCCAGCGGAAACCGAUGUCCUUGGACGAAGCUCUGCAUCUUCUAGGAAGGAGAGCGUUUUUCCAAAUGUCUUUCAGUUUUAUCCGGAUGCGGAAUCGAAAGCUUCGACUUUGCCUCGGGAAAGGGGUACACGAACGGCCUAUCUGAUAGUGGCAGUUAUGAAUAUUGAUAUAUUAAUAUUUCAAAUAAAUCAUAUUUGGGCUUGUUUGUUUGUAGAGCUAGAGAUGGAACAAGAUUCAAAAUUUCACCUAAUGUGAGGGUAAGCAGAGAAACAAAGAUGGAUUGAGAAUUCCUUGAAGACAGAUGAUGUUAGAAAACCUGCGGUCAUCCCGAUACUCUCACAGGUUUCUCAGAAGUAAGUGAGCUUGCGCGCAUGGGUGCUGGGUCUAGCGUUAUGCUUUCGCCCAAAAAAGACGCCUCAGGCAAAACAAGACUACGACCUUUUAGAACCUUGAACGACAGGCUGACUUACAAUGCAAAGACAAGGAAGUUUCUGAACAGCGAAAUGGCAGAGGUGGAGCGUCUAGGGGCUAAAGCGGAAGAGAAGCGUGCGGAGGCGGCGAAGAAGGUACUUCCUUUAUGAGAAUGCGCAAGUCCAAGUUCUAACUACAUCUUAGUGGUCUUACUACAAGAUUUUUAUGUCGUGUGCAGCUCGAGGAUUGAUAUCACGUAUAAUCAACCUCCUAACACAGGCCAAGCAUUUCGAUCGCUUACUCCGGCAACUUCAUCGGGACCUUCUGACUACUCCGAGCCGAUGUCGGAAAAAUGAGAAGAGCAUAUCAGACUUGGGCAAAGCCAAGCGAGAAGAGGAGGAGGAGAUGUGGAAAAGCGUGCGAGAAUGGGAAGCACUGGAACGACGAGGAAGAGAACUUUAUGAGGACUCUUGCCUUUUUAGUAUUAGCUCUAGACUCAGAAGAUGUAUGAAACUCUAAUUCCCGAAAGAAAAGCUGCAAGCAUGCAAUGCGCAGGCGAAGGAAAUGCUGACGACGAUACGGGCGGAGAGGGGCUAUCGAGAUCGCGAAAAUUUUGAUCUGCCUGAACGAAGGAUGACAUCAGAUGGGAUUCGGAAUAUGGAGAAAGAAAUCGUAUUUCUUUGCUUGCUCUUUAACUUUAUCUGCUACUGUACUUUCUGGGAGGUCAUUUAUUUUUCACUCAGUUGUUUAAACGAAGUACAAGAACUCAAAAUAAGCGAGUUACUGACUGCAAUAAGAGAGUCUUGACUACAUUCCCCUUCUUGCAGUAUCUCCCUUAUUUUCCCUAGUUACUCGCUUAUUUCAGUUUUUCGAAUAGUUGAAAAUACGGAUGCACCUGCACGUCACCAAACUGGUUGACCCUCUUUAUCCAUUCGACUUUCGCCACCAGUUCCAAAAGCUACGACCUGCUUUCGGUAUAUCGGGUGGACCUACGUUUUCCGCAUCUUCCAGAGUGAAGCUAGCAGCUACGUCUACGAGGUCGCGACCUCAAAGUCAAGUCGGCUCUCCAAUAGCGGCUGCAACGUCAGGGGUCGUUGUCAGGCGUACUUCUGGACCCCCUGCAACUGGUUCAAGUGGGACAAGGCAUAGUACUCUGAGUGGAUUGACAGCAACGGUUAAUACCAGCACUGCUAGGCCGCGGGCAGCGAGCAGUCAUGUUGAUACGUCUUCAAUGACUCGCGUACUAGCAGAGAAACAACACUUCAAAACUAGCGCCGUAAGUACAACUUCGGCAUCAAGUAAUUCUUGCUCGGAACAGGAAAUACUACUUACGCGUUCGAGUUGUAAUAGGGACAGCCUGGUGACCGAGAACAAAGGAGGAAAAGUAUUUCAAGAGAAUGUCUUCACGUUGCCGAAGAAGCUUGAUUUAACUCGUGCCAAAGCAGUGAACAACAGCACAACAAGGUUAUCCUCAUCUUCUUCUUGUUCCUCUGCUAGUAGGUCUGGAUCUGCAAGCGGAUCUGCCUGUUCCUCCACUAUAGGUACACCAAAAACUCCUCUGGUCUCAACACCAGGAGGAACUGGGAACUUCACAGCUUCUAGAGCAUCAACCUUGUUUGUAGCCCCACCGCAUCGCUUGCGGGAUAAAGGGCAGCUGCCUAGGAAUAGAUCGAGGAGUGUUCAACCUCGCAGCACAAGCGCGUCACGUAGCACGAGCGCUGCAGGUUCAGGUAGUAGUAGUGCUGCUUCUUCAUCACGAAAGAAAGGAGUCCUCGGCUCCUCUCGAGGAAGUCAUCAAGAAGGAGGUCCAUCCCGCUCUGCUGGUGCAGCUAGAAACAGCACAUCGUCCUGCUCUUCGGCUGAUGGGGGAGAUGCCUGUUCUUCAUCAUCUUCUACAACUGGUCUCGCCAAAAAUACAGCCGACGCGAAGCCACAAGUCUCCGUUUUGCUGCGCCUGGAGAGCGCACUGGCUAAAGCGGAGGAUAAGCUGAGGAGCCAAGGGAAAGAGCCAGAUGAGGAGACCUCCCAAAGACUGGCAGCGAUAAAGAAGUCUAGUUGGCGAUGAGCAGGUGAACUUGCAUUACAAGAUUUAAGUACCCAAUAGAGAAAAGACAUGAGCAGUUGUACUCGCACAGCGUUAAUGGUGCUUAAGACGGUGCUUUCGUUUUUGGCAAUUUCUUCACUGAUUGUAAUUCACGGAUAACAUUUGAAAUCUAUAAGGUAGUUUUUAUUAACGAGUUUCUACGCUCUGACAUUGAGUUGUUUUUCCAUUAAAUUGUUUAUCUGAUUCUGAUCACAUCCAACGAACCUUUGCCGCUGUCGCUUCCAAUGCUAAAUCAAUGACAAUGGAUGUUGACAUGGGAUGCCUCCAACAAAACUAGGGAAAGAAAAUCCUCAUUGGCAGUAC